UUGACUUAAACAGUCAUGUAUAAUCAAAAUUAUUUACUGAUUAUAUUAUUUUCUUGUUUUGUGAAUACAAUAAUUGCAAUAGAUUCGCGUGUAUUUGAUGGUCAGGACAUAAGAUUUGAAGUGCAUAAAUAUUUAGUGCAACUCAAAGUGCAUCGACGUUUAAGUAACCCGAGUCUCUGUAGUGGUUCCAUAAUAGACCAUUCAUGGAUAAUAACCGCAGCGCAUUGCUUCAAAACAGAUGUCAAGCGUGUAACUGUGUUUCGUCAAACCGAGGACAGACUAAGAAAGAUUGCUCAAGUAGAUCGGAGCGAUAUUCAUAUACAUCCCUCUUUUGUAUCUGGAGACGCAUCGGUUAUUGAUAAACCAGGCGAUAUUGCUUUGAUAAAGACUAAAUGCCCGAUUAAAUUCAGUGCUUCCAUACAACCAGUGAAAUUAACGAAAACACCACCACAGAUCGGACAAUCAGCAGUAAUCGCUGGAUAUGGCGCUUCUGAAGAUUAUGUGGCAUAUCCUCGAGAAGGUACUACCAAAUUAACUCAAUGUCCGUACGACGUAGAUGGACUUAUUUGCUCAAUUGAUACAGUGAGGGCGGGAUCUGGAGAUUCAGGUGGAUCUUUAAUAUCGAGGGGCCGUCUUAUUGGCGUCACGUCGGCUAGCUGCAAAAAUGUUCACAUACAUAAAAAUUGUAUUACAAUUUACAUGGACGUUUUCUCUAAUCUGGAUUGGAUACAAAAGGUUGUGACAUCAUACUAAUAUAAUAAAAUUGUAACUAGUCUUUAUGUGGGAGAUAUUUGAGAAAAAAAUAU